AUGACCAUGUCCACCCCUUUGUUAAUACAACCCUGCCCCUUCCACUUCAAAUGGAAGAAUCAAUUCGCUUUUUCUAAUAAUCGCGUUCACACACCUCACUCCUUCACGCCAAUCACAAAACCACUUAACACAAUCAAAUCUCACUUAAUCCACAAAACCCCGUCCUCAAUAAGUUCCAAUCCCAAUCCCAAUUCCAACUCCAAAAGCACUUUUGAGUCUCUCGUAACCUCUAUAUGGAACACGCUUCGAAAACCCGUGGUAGCCGCGAUAUUAAUUGGGGUUUUGUUAAUGUUCGGUCCGAACCCUGCCUUAGCAGCAUCUGGCGGUAGAAUGGGAGGAAGAUCUUUCUCUUCUUCAUCUUCGUCUUCAUCUUCGUCGUAUUCGUCUUCCUCGAGGAGCUAUUCGGUUCCAUCGCCGAGUCCAGGGUUUUCUUACUCUACUCCGUUUAGCGGCGGGGGUUACUAUGGAUCUACCGUUGGAGUUGGAGUACUUGGACUUGGUGCUGGUGCUGGCUCCAGUUUCUUUCUCAUUCUUGUUGGUUUUGCCUCUUUUGUUUUGGUUUCUGGUUUUCUUUCUGAUCGUUCUGAGGAUAGUGUUCUCACUGCUGCUGGAAAAACCACCGUUCUCAAACUUCAGGUUGGGUUGUUGGGGAUGGGUCGCACACUUCAAAGGGAUCUGAAUAGGAUUGCAGAGGUUGCAGAUACAUCAUCUUCAGAAGGUUUGAGUUACGUUUUGACAGAGACCACAUUAGCUUUGCUUCGGCAUCCUGAUUACUGUAUCUCAGGAUAUUCGUCGGUAGACAUAAAGCGGGGUAUAGAAGAUGGGGAGAAGCGUUUUAAUCAACUUUCAAUUGAAGAGCGAGGAAAGUUUGAUGAAGAGACGCUGGUCAAUGUUAACAACAUAAAGAGGCAAAGCACGAGAAAUCAGAGAUCUAACGGGUUCAGCAAUGAAUACAUAGUGAUAACAAUCUUGGCAGCGGCUGAAGGAGAACUUAAACUUCCUAGCAUCAAUGGAAGUGGAAACUUGAAAGAAGCUUUACAAAAACUCGGAUCCAUUCCUUCAAGCAAAUUAUUAGCAGUUGAGGUGUUAUGGACUCCACAAAAUGAGAACGAUACUCUCUCAGAACGGGAGUUACUCGAAGAUUACCCACUUUUGCGGCCUUUGUAA